CCAGCCUGCGCGCCGGGCAGAUAGCACGGGCCAUCUCCCACCGCGACCUACCGCUCGCCCUGCAGUUCUUCAUCCCCGAUGCCCGCACCCCAGGGCCGACUGGUUGGGAAUGGAAGUCGGGGCCGGGAGGACUGAUGUAAUUGUCAGCGGAGAACCGAACCGGUGCGGGUGAGAGCGCCCGCGCCUACGAGAGCUGACGCCUACGCUGCACCUUUCAGGGAAUCCGGGAGCCGCGGGCAGUGGCCGGGCAAGUUGUGCAUCGGGUUUGGUUGUGCGCGUGCACUGCGGACUGUCCUCGCGAGCACUCCUUGCUACCCCCGGCUGGCGUCCCUGCAGCCCUCCCUGCAGCCUGCGUCCACGCUCAUCGCCCGAGCUCCCUUCUCCGGUUCAGACCGGGACAGGGUUUGCAUUGCAGUCAGGACGUGCUUCCCCUGCGUCGAGCUUGGAGCUGCCCGCAGAUCGAGUCGCCGGGGACGCUGGGGGAGGAGGGAUGGGAAACCUGGGGAGGAAGCUGCGGAGAACGAAUGACACCCGCAGAUUUCUAAAAGCCUCUACCGUUUGCAGACGCACCGUAAGCCACGUCUUAAGCUGCUUUUAAAAGUUAUGACCAGAUACUGAUUCUGUGACGAUUCUGUGAUCUACCUGAAAGGUUCUUGCUGGGAAACCAACAAAAGAAGACAGUUAAGGCACCAGCAGUGCCAACAGGGCUGGCAGACCGCAGAGGAGCAAGACGAGCUAAAGGCAUCCAAAGCCAGUCCACUGAGAAGCAGUUGUAAUGGUGCAGCCAAGCUAGAAGACUUUGACACAAGCCGAAGGUGGUUUGGACUCGUCAGCAGUGGCCUGAGUUUUCCUAGUCCAGUCUGAUCCGAGGGAGAUGGACUAAAGCCACAGAUUGUCUGCUUCUCUGUCUGUGAAUUGCAAGGAGGAUUGGGAUGGUCUUCCGUGCACAUCCCUAGACUAAUUGCAGCAAUGAGUUCAGACGAGAAGGGCAUAUCCCCUGCUCAUAAAACAUCCACUCCGACCCAUAGAAGUGCCUCGUCUUCAACAUCUUCUCAGAGGGAAAGCAGACAGAGCAUCCACGUUUUGGAGAGAACUGCUUCAUCCAGCACGGAGCCCUCUGUCAGUCGGCAGUUGCUAGAGCCGGAGCCCAUCCCCCUCUCCAAGGAAGCUGACAGCUGGGAAAUUAUAGAAGGGCUGAAAAUAGGCCAAACCAAUGUCCAGAAACCAGACAGGCACGAGGGAUUUAUGCUGAAGAAAAGAAAAUGGCCUUUAAAGGGCUGGCACAAGCGCUUUUUUGUCCUGGAUAAUGGAAUGCUGAAGUAUUCCAAGGCGCCACUUGAUAUCCAAAAAGGAAAAGUGCACGGGAGCAUAGAUGUCGGACUGUCUGUCAUGUCGAUUAAAAAGAAAGCUCGGAGGAUAGACCUUGACACGGAAGAGCACAUCUAUCAUUUGAAGGUGAAAUCCCAGGACUGGUUUGACGCUUGGGUCUCCAAACUGCGCCAUCACAGGUUGUACCGUCAGAAUGAAAUUGUGAGGUCGCCGAGAGAUGCCAGUUUCCACAUAUUUCCUGCAACUUCGACAGCUGAGUCCUCCCCGGCUGCUAAUGUCUCUGUUGUGGAUGGAAAGAUGCAGCCCAACAGCUUUCCAUGGCAGUCGCCAUUACCAUGCAGUAACAGCCUCCCUGCGACCUGCACAACUGGGCAGAGUAAAGUGGCAGCCUGGCUGCAGGACUCAGAAGAAAUGGACAGGUGUGCAGAAGAUCUUGCACACUGCCAGUCAAACCUUGUGGAACUUAGCAAGCUCCUGCAAAACUUGGAGAUCCUUCAGAGAACUCAGUCGGCGCCUAACUUCACUGACAUGCAGGCUAACUGUGUAGAUAUUUCAAAGAAAGACAAGCGGGUCACAAGACGCUGGAGGACAAAAAGUGUCAGCAAAGAUACAAAAAUACAGCUCCAGGAAGGGCCACCUGCGAAGGGCCAGUUCAACACAACUCGGCGCCGGCAGAGGCUAGCGGCAGCAGUGGCUACAACAGUUCCUUUCAGCGCCACCAUGUCACCCGUGCGUCUGCACUCCUCCAACCCCAACCUUUGUGCAGACAUUGAGUUCCAGACCCCUCCUAGCCACCUCACCGACCCUCUGGAAAGUUCCACGGAUUAUACCAAGCUACAAGAAGAAUUUUGUCUAAUUGCACAGAAAGUGCAUUCUCUUCUGAAGUCUGCAUUUAACAGCAUAGCUAUAGAGAAGGAGAAGCUGAAGCAGGUGGUCUCGGAGCAAGAUCACAACAAAGGCCACAGCACACAGAUGGCCAGACUCCGGCAGUCACUGUCACAGAGUGAAGGAGCCGGCAAAUCCUGGGCACUUAACCAGAACGCUGAGCUCCGGAGUCGGCUGAACAGAAUACACUCAGAGUCUACCAUUUGUGAUCACGUUGUCAGUGUAAAUAUUAUCCCUAGCCCCGAUGAGCCUGGUGAGCAAAUCCAUGUCAGCCUCCCUCUGUCACAGCAGGUGGCCAACGAGAGCCGCCUCUCCAUGUCAGAAUCCGUGUCAGAAUUCUUCGAUGCCCAAGAGGUGCUCCUGUCUGCAAGCUCAUCAGAGAAUGAGGCUUCUGAUGAUGAGUCCUACAUCAGCGACGUGAGUGACAACAUAUCUGAGGACAACACCAGUGUCGCCGACAACAUUUCUCGGCAAAUCCUGAAUGGGGAGCUCACAGGAGGCGCCUUCCGCAAUGGCCGUCGCACCUGCCUGCCUGCUCCUUGCCCGGACACCAGUAACAUUAACCUGUGGAAUAUCUUGAGGAACAACAUUGGCAAAGACCUGUCGAAGGUCUCCAUGCCCGUGGAACUCAACGAGCCCCUCAACACCCUGCAGCACCUCUGUGAGGAAAUGGAAUACAGUGAGCUCCUGGACAAGGCCUCAGAGACCGACGACCCCUACGAGAGGAUGGUUCUCGUCGCUGCCUUUGCAGUCUCAGGGUACUGUUCCACCUACUUCCGAGCAGGAAGCAAGCCAUUCAAUCCGGUCCUGGGGGAGACCUAUGAAUGCAUAAGAGAAGAUAAGGGGUUUCGGUUCUUCUCAGAACAAGUUAGCCAUCAUCCACCCAUUUCUGCCUGUCACUGUGAAUCCAAGAAUUUUGUGUUUUGGCAAGAUAUCAGAUGGAAAAAUAAGUUCUGGGGAAAGUCCAUGGAAAUCCUGCCUGUCGGAACCCUGAACGUCACGCUUCCAAAAUAUGGGGAUUACUAUGUGUGGAAUAAAGUCACCACGUGCAUACACAAUAUCCUGAGUGGGAGGAGAUGGAUCGAGCACUACGGUGAAGUGACCCUUAGAAAUACCAAAAGCAGUGUUUGCAUUUGCAAACUCACGUUUGUCAAGGUGAAUUACUGGAACUCCAACGUGAAUGAAGUCCAGGGGGUGGUGAUAGACCAGGAGGGGAAGGUGGUGCACCGGCUGUUUGGGAAAUGGCACGAAGGACUCUACUGCGGGGUGGCCCCCUCGGCAAAGUGCAUCUGGAGACCAGGUUCUCUGCCAACCAACUAUGAGCUCUACUAUGGCUUUACAAGAUUUGCUGUGGAGCUCAAUGAGUUGGACCCCGUCCUGAAGGACCUCCUUCCCCCCACAGAUGCCCGAUUCCGGCCAGAUCAAAGGUUUUUGGAAGAAGGGAACCUAGAAGCCGCAGCCGCAGAGAAACAAAGAGUUGAGGAACUCCAAAGAUCGCGAAGACGCUACAUGGAGGAAAACAACCUUGAACAUAUACCAAAAUUUUUUAAAAAAGUUAUUGAUGCAAAUCAAAGAGAAGCCUGGGUUUCUAACGACACCUACUGGGAGCUUCGAAAGGACCCUGGGUUUAGCAAAGUAGACAGCCCCGUUCUUUGGUAAACUGGAGACAUAGAGCUAGCCAAUAUCCCACACUCGGAAUGAAUAAAUAACUAUGCACAAUUAUGUUUCUUAUAGCUACGCGUGGUUUCUGGGUCGACUGAAAAGCUCCCAUUGGCUUUUCUAUUCAUCUUUAUAAUGGAUUUUCAAAAGUGCAUUAGACAAGGCUCCUAACCACUUUUGGAUCCUUUCUGUUUUGCUGCAACCAUAUUCCUUAAAUAAAUAAAUAAAUAAAUAAAUAAAACCCAUGCCCUCCUCGGAAAGCAGCCUAAAAGAAGGAGAAUAUAAAAUCCAAAGUCGGGAGAGUCAGAAAAGAAGAUGAAACUGUAACAGGCGCUUCAAGCUGAUCAGGAGAGUUUUAAAUGAUGUACAAACUACACGUUCCGUCUGCUGUCUGAAAGCGUCAUCCCAUACCUUAGGAGCUCCGGGGCCGUAGUCGGUUAGUUCAGACUUGAAGUGUGUUCUUUUGAUGUGGUGUGCUUGUUCUCAGCCUCGUGAAAAUCGACAACGCGAUGCUUCCCGAAACCCACUCCAUCUUUACGACAUUGUUCAUGCCUUAAGAAAUGCAAAGAUGUACAAUAAACUGUUUUCUAAAUGUGUGCUCAUAGGUGUAUGUGAAGGACAGAGUGCUGGCGUGAUUCACUUUCUUGGUCAGAAGGUUGAUUCAGCUGAUAGAAGGAUUAAAUGAGGGAAAAACACACUUUCCUUUGCUAAGUCAGUUCUGCUGUGGUGGAUCUGAGGGGCAAGAGGGCUAAGGUACUGUAUCCUAAGUUAGAUCUCUGUAUCCAGGUCGUUCUUUAAGUUCCUGUCCUAUGUCCAGAUAGUAAGCCAUCCCUCCUCCGUCUGACCUCACAGUGUGCCCUGGUAUUUGGCAAAAGUUGUAUCUGAUUUGGACGCCCGUCAUCAGUGUUAAACUUCAGUAGGAAGUAACAAAGCCCAGUUUCUGCCUGGGCUGGGUGGUACCACAAAGCACACAGGCCAUAGAACACAUCCCUGGCUCAUGCCCGCCACUCGACACUGUUGCGAUUCCAUGGAGAACGAAAGCUUAUUUGCAUUAUGUAAAUGGAUCCUAUGCAUAAUCAUGUUUCUUUUUUAAAAAAAAUCAAGCGGUUCCAUAUGAUACACGGUUACAUAUUAAGCAUCUACCUUGCUAAGGGCAGAUAUAUAAAACUUAGGCUUAAAAAAAAGUAAUCCAUUCCAAAGGUGGGGUCAGGCAAGGUUUGAUUUCAAUCCUUGAGGUUUUGUUUUUCCUCCACGGGUACACAGAGGCUUUUGUAGGAAGCUUGCAUUGGCGUUUUUAAGUUCUUGCAUGUACAUGACAAUAUAAACACCCGUAUGUUUUUUAAAAAAAAAUCUCUUAAGGGGGCUUCCUAGAGAAUUAGAAACUUAUAUAUAUUUUAUUGUUAGAGUUUUAUUCUUAGAUUCUUACCAUCUGAAUUUAAGUGUUACUUUAGACUCUGAUAACAAGGUUAGUGACAUUUUAUAUUUUGUUAAGAGGUAUCUAUCAAUCUCGGUGUUAUUUCUCCCCCCUCCCCGCCCCCGCAAAGUAUUCCUAAUAAUGGCUAACUCACCAUAAAACCCAAACCUUUUGUGAACAUGGAGGGAAAUCCAGAGUUUCCCCUAGAUGGAGCAAUAUUUUAGUUAUCCCCAAAUUCAUCUCCCCAUUCAUGUACACCAUGCACACAGCUGUUAGUCAUUCGAAUGAAACUUCGCUCUCCAAAGAGUUCCCGAAGUCAGAGCCAGAGCCAGGCUUCCGCUUACACGGCUUUCUCCAUGUGCUCCUGAGUCCUAGGUGACUCGCCCUGCAGUUGCAAAACCUUCCCCCGUGUCACGGACUACUUUUUUUCUCGGUUCAACCCGAUGCUGUUUUAUCAGUGCAUCUCUAGUUAUGUCUGAUUUUAUAUUGAGUUAGGACUUAAUUACAGUCCCGUGGACCUCCUCAUAAAAGCUGGUUCUCCUCCAACUGAGAAAGCUUACAGUACAAUUUAAAGUGGGUCUCGCCUGCACUUACUAGUGUCUGACGAAACAGUCUUACAUCUGCCUAAGUAAUAGAAGAGCCCUGCAGAAUAGAGAUGCCACAAGGAGGGACUGCGAAGGUGAGGUGAUCAAAACACAAUAGGAGAUGUCCAUUUAGUAAAGGACAGAAGGCCCAGGACACAGCAGGGAAGUAAAGACAGCUCCCAGGUUUGGAUUAACUGAGAAGAAAGGAGAAACAACAGAUGAAGCCUUUGUAGUCAGAUAGUAAGGUUAAGAUGACAAAUAAGAUAAGGUCAGAUCUACCCGGAAACUCUAAUAAGAAUUUCAGGAUGCAAACGAGAGAAGCAUGGGAUUAAUUACAAUCACAUUGUAUGGCAUCCUCCAUUUUGAAUCUGUUUGGAGAUUUUGGUUCCCCCGGGUGUGACCAUUAUGUUGUCAGGUCUCGUCUCAAUCACGUCAUCAGUUAGGCUUCAAAUUCCCCCACCCCCACCCCAGCACCCGACUCACCCAUCUCCAAUGGAACACUCACUUGUCUUGCUGAAAUGGCCUUGUCCUUUUUGUUCACACAGUGAUUAUAAAGAACUCUAUUGAAAUUUCAUUUACAUGACAUUUCAGCUAUUAAACCUAAAUGACAAGAGGGUGGAGUGGUAUAGCUUAUUCUCUUGAUAAAAAAUGUGAUGUAGCCCUUGGAAUUUUACAUAAACCACUAUAUUUGGGAGAUAGUGGUUUUCUGUCAAAGGGCCGUAGGAAGGCUUAGUAUGCCUGUGUUCUUUUCCAUGCUUUAUUUUCAAAGCUCCCUCCCCUCUGGCAAAAUUGUCCUGAGAGUGACAGUGACCCUGAGGGGUUUGCCAGACUGGGCUGACUGGUCAGUACCAACCUUUGCUGAGGCUCACCAAAAUUGGAUCAUUUUGAUGCUGAAUGCUGUUAACCAAGGUGUAAAUGUACUCUUCAGUGUUGCUGAUCUUUCUUAUUUUUUAAUUGUCAUUAUUUUUCUUGGGUUAUUUUAAAAUGAUGUCCAUGUUCUCUCCAGGUAGCUGUAAAAAAUAAAUAAAAUAAACUUCAUUUAAGAUACCUGUUAGUGCUACAUGUCAGUUGUAUGUGAUUGCAGGGUCAAAUGUCAUUCUUCUGCCUGAGGGAAACCAAGGAAAUUGUGGUACAGAGGCCACCAACUUGUCAACUUCCCAAAUCUUUUGUGCUCAAGCUCUUGAUUCUUCUGGCCUUGUGUUAUUCUGCAUUAGCACUUACCAGUCAUUAGAUCCUGUUCUAAUGGACUAGCAUGGAGCUCAGAGAGGGAGAGACGCUCUAGGAAGGAAACCCUGAUUAACGUGUUUAGUUUAGUAGUAAAGAACAUUUUUUGUUACUCUUCUGUGGGUUUAAUUAUCCAUCCUGUUUAAUGCUGUUCUCUGUCAUCCUAGAAAAUAAAGCGUUUGUGGGAGCAGAGCUCCGCCCAGCAGGGGGCAGAGCAGAUGUUUGCACUUGGCUCAGUAUGUUAUGAAUGUGGCACAGUAAAUAAAGUUUGUGUACAGAAUAUUAGUUUAUUUCUAUGAGAGCAAUUAUGUUCAGGAUAUAUAAAAAAUGUAUCUAAUUAAACCAUUACGGAUCUAUUUUGUGCUCUAGAAAUGUUCUUUUUUUUGGGUUGGGGGGAGUGUCUAUAGAGCUAAAAGUAAAAUGUUGAUGUGUUCUCAUGGGUUUGGUUUCGUCUCCCAAAUGCUCCGUGGCUUUUGGGAAAGACUCCAUAUCACCCCAGGAAUCUAUCUUAAUUGAGUUUGGUUUGUAAACACUUCUACUUUGAAAGUUGUGCAUUGUGUGGCUCCUUCUCUGAAACAGAAACUAGCUUUAUUAACAACAUCUUCAGUACCUCUUCUGCCUGUCACGGAGAUGUGGAACCUUUCUGCAGUGGCCGCUUUCAAAAAGAGAAUGGCAAAUUGCAUUGGAUGGGUUUGGCUUCAUUCUUCUAACCUGGGAUCUAAAGGAUGGAUAAAUGCUGUGAUGAAGUAACAUGCCCUACAUCCUAAGUAGAUCAGGCCCUUAGGACAGACAGACAGACAGACAGACAGACAGACAUCUGGCAGAUGCCUCGUCUGGAAGAGAAUUGGUGUUGUACUCUUGCAUUGGCUUUUCAAAACAACAAGCUUGUCUCUCUAUCCUCUGGUCCUUACAAGCAGAAGGGGAGAUGCUGCUGGGUACCAUGUCAUUGUCUGUGAAAUGGGCUGUCUUCAUGUGUAAUCUCAGUCAUUCGGUAUUAGAAACUGCUUCAUUCAUUUUCCUCAUGAACAGUAUUAAUUCUUCAUGAGUUAAAAGGUUCCUUAUAUACACAUAUUAUGAGUUAUUUUCCAAACUGAUAGAAAAAAAAAAGUUAACCAAAAGUUCUCAGUUUCCAUAAAUUUUGUUUCUAUCUGUACCUUCCUUUCCAAAAUGAGUUAAUUGUAAAGAAAAGGAUAUUAAAUUUUUGGUAAAAUAAAGUGGAAUCCUGUGUGGGGUCCGUCUGCUUCUUCUCUCAGCAUUAGAUCAGAUGAGGAAGGGAACUGAACUCUUAGACAGGACGAUGAUAAAAUCACUGCUCCCUUACAUGUCUGCUCUCCCUCAGUGUUUCAUCUCAGGCCUUCGGGAACUAAAAUGUUUGCUGUGCUUUUUAAAAAGCUGGAUAAAAAUGUUAUAUAAUAAAUGUCACACGUUGAAACUGA